UUCCCUUCAAUUUCAAUGCGGUCUGUGCCAAUGGAUAUUGAACCGGUCAACGGUCAAGAGUCAAGACAGAAUGGGUGUUAGAUAGUUCAGGAUCUUCAAAUGCAAAAGAACUUGUUAAAAAAAAAAGAAAAAAAAACUUGAUUGAACCGGUGGACCAAACCGAAUCAAUGCUGACCAUUCCUCCAGUCAACUUUAUCAGUCGCCCGGAGUCCAAUUCAGGCAAGAAAGAAACCGAUUGCUAUCGAACGAACUUGAGCGCACACUCCCUCUUCCUCCGGCGGCAAUUCCGGAACGUAGGAUCCCGCCACCAGCGGUAACAGCCGAAAGCUUCACCGGCGCAACUUUCUGUAAAAUCGACGGCCACCGGUAGAAGAUGACAGUAUCCACCGCGAAGCUCCCGGUCAUAGACCUCUCUUCUCCCGAUCGCUUAUCCACUGCCAACUCAAUUCGUCAGGCAUGCGUUGACUACGGUUUCUUCUACCUCGCGAAUCACGGAGUGGAAGAAGAGCUCAUCAAGAGAGCGUUCGAGGAGAGCCGCAAAUUCUUCUCGCUUCCGCUGGAUGAGAAAAUGAAGCUGCCUCGUAAGGAACACAGAGGCUACACUCCUUUGUACGCCGAGAAUCUCAAUCCGGAUUCCAGUUCCAAAGGUGACUCGAAGGAAAGCUUCUACGUUGGUCCUGUACGUGGUUCUGGCAACAUAGCUGAGCUAAACCAGUGGCCUUCUCCAGAAGCUCUUCCUUCAUGGAGGUCGACAAUGGAGUCUUAUCAUGAUAAGGUCAUGUCCGCUGGAAGAAGACUAAUCUCCUUGAUUGCUCUGGCUUUGAAUUUGGAUGAAGAUUACUUUGACAAGGUUGGAGCCCUGAAUGAGCCGGAAGCCUUUCUUCGUCUUAUACAUUAUCCUGGUGAACUGGGUUCUUCUGAUGAAGAACUAAUAUAUGGUGCUUCUGCACAUUCAGACUAUGGAAUGACCACUUUACUCAUAACUGAUGGUGUACCAGGACUUCAGGUUUGUAGGGUGAAGUCGAGAGAACCUAGGGUCUGGGAAGACGUACCACAUGUAAAUGGAUGCUUCAUCGUCAACAUUGGAGACAUGAUGGAGAGGUGGACAAAUUGCUUGUUCCGGUCCACCCUGCAUCGAGUGAUGCCAACUGGACAAGAACGCUACUCUAUGGCGUUCUUCUUAGAUCCUAAUCCAGAUUGCAUUGUCCAGUGUUUGGAUAGUUGUUGCAGUGAGUCGUGGCCUCCCAGGUUUCCUGCUAUACGGAGUUGGGAUUACUUGGCCGAGCGGUUUAGGCUGACCUAUGGCUAGCGGAGUGAAGGCUUAGUGCAGAAUGUUGCCUGCUUUCUACACCAUCAUGUAACUUAGUGGAGCAUAAUUCUUUUCUGUUUAUUUACGGCUAAAUUGCAAGUUUGGUCACUCGAAUUGCUACAAAAUUUCACGUUUGGUCACUCGAAUUCGUUUAUUCCAUUCGUAGUCACUUAAAUUAGUUGAAUAGUCCAAGUUCGGUCACUUUCCGUUAACUUCCGUCAGACUCCGUUAGUGCCGUCAGUUAACUGCUGACGUGGCUAACAGAGAUGCCUAGUCACCCAAUUUUAACCCAAGAAAAAACAGAAAUUGACCCGCCACGUCAGAAAAACAUGUCACCUCAUAUAAACACAACCCAACCCACCCAACCUACAAAAAACCAUUAACCCACCCAAAAAUCGAACCCGUGACCCAUCCACCCUUCUUCUUCCUCCUCUAUACCCUGCUUCCGCCGCCGCCAGAGGGAUAUCCCCUCGAUCUCCCUGCUGCAGCCCCCGCCGCCGGAUCCAGAUUCGCGAGGAAAAAGAAAAUGAGAAGGAGGAACCAAAAAAGCCGGUUCUUCGCCAUGGUCCUUGGCGUGUGCCUCCAUCAGAGGUUUCUCCCAAGCCAUCAUAACACCUUUACUGUGAGAGUCCAAGAGCUUGUCUUGGCUAAAACUAACCCUAUCUUCCAAAUAAUCCCCAUUGGAGUUGCUGUUGUUCUCAUUUGCUCUCCUUGCAAUGGUUCCAAGAAUCAAUUCAGCUUGAAUUCCUGUAUGACAACACAGAGAGCUCAAAAUGGCCAGUUCACCCAAUCUACUUACAGCUACGGGCACUUGAACGAUAGAUUUUGGCAAAUUUGAAUGCCCAGCAAAAGGAUAAAAUGGCGGAUUCCAACAGUGAAACAUAAACAAUUAGUUGCGGAAGCUAGAGGAGAGAGUUGGCAAGCAAUAAAAUCACAAAUACCAGCAUUAAGGAUAAUAUAGAAGGCUUCCUGGUGGCCGGCAUCCAUGGCGAAGUCGCCAGCAGAGUGAUUAGAAGGGGAAAGAGAGUUCCAAGGGGCGCCAGCUUCUCACUUUCUUCUUCCUCGCGAAUCUGGAUCCGGCGGCGGGGGCUGCAGCAGGGAGACCGAGGGGAUAUCUCCCGGCGGCGGCGGAACAGGGUAUAGAGGAAGAAGAAGAAGGGUGGAUGGGUCACGGGUUCGAUUUCUGGGUGGGUUAAUGGUUUUUUUUUUAGGUUGGGUGGGUUGGAUUGUGUUUAUAUGAGGUGGCAUGUUUUUCUGACGUGGCGGGUCAAUUUCUGUUUUUUCUUGGGUUAAAAUUGGGUAACUAGACAUCUCUGUUAGCCACGUCAGUAGUUAACUGACGGCACUAACGGAGUCUGACGGAGGUUAACGGAAAGUGACCGAACUUGGACUAUUCAACUAAUUUAAGUGACUACGAAUGGAAUAAACGAAUUCGAGUGACCAAACGUGAAAUUUUGUAGCAAUUCGAGUGACCAAACUUGCAAUUUAGCCGUUUAUUUACCUACCUCAAGCCAACAAGUAACGGUUCCGAGUCUAAUGUUGUGCUUGGCUGGUAGAGAACUAUGUAUUCAACCUAAUUCGAAUCGAUUUGAUUUGGAAAAUCUAAUAGAUACUAUGUUUCGGUGGGUUUUUCCCGAACCCGAGAAAAGAGGAUAUAGGUUUGGUAUUUUAAUUUUUAAGUAUCCUUAUGGAACCCGCUCAAUAUGUGCUACAACUAUGGUUUAGACUCGCAAGCUUUAAAAUUUUGGUCAUCCAUAUCGCUUCGUUAUUCUAAUUAUCUCUUAGUCCAAAUUCCUUACUCAUUUUUCCUCACUGUAUUAACAAAACUUAGAAGUAAGAAUGACAUUCUAAGUAAAAUUUAACUUUACAU